AGGGCGUGGAGACAGGAGUAAGGCGAAUCUUGCAACUACGAAAAACGCUUCCUUUUCUAAACAGUAACUGACAAGAAAGAAUCCAGCAGGUGUUUGGGAAGACAGAAGAUGCCGUUCUUUAUAAAAUCUUGCGCUGUCCAUGCUUUUUGUUGCAGUGCCGCCCGCAUCAUCUAUCCUUAAUCUCUAUGAUCAUGCAGUGCGAUAAUCGCACCUUGGUUCCUUAAAACAAAAAUUUCAGUCCUCGAGAUUCCAUAACAUAAAGCAUUGCUUCGAGUCGCGAUAGUUGAGACGUCUCAGGAGACUCUGUUUCCGUUUUCUUUUAGAUCUGGGUCUCAAAGAGACACCGCCGAGACUGUUUGGAAAAUUGGGGCAAGGUAUGACUGCAAGAAAGUUCAAGAUAAUAAUGUUGCUGUCUUCAUGAAUGAGAGCAAACUGACUGUUGAAACAUCACAAACAGUGAUUUCCGAAUGCGUUGGAGAGCGAUAUGUCUAAGAAUACAACGCCAACCGGAUUUAAAACAUCCCCGUUCUUCUCCUGGUCUCCACGACUCCGCUCAGAUGACAACGAGAAGAAGAGAUCACCUCGGCAUUCUCCAGGCUCGCCACAUAAUACUGGAAUAGCAACGCGUCAGAGCUCUCCUAGUUUACCCGAUGUCGCGUUUGCAGGCCGGCAACGGUCUCCCUGCUCUUCGAACGCCGGGCGUGUGGUUCGAAAUAAAUCUUAUACUACCAUUAGACCGUUACCUGGUCCGGCACAUUCUUCGCCAGACUUGACUGCUGCUGCACUUUCUUCGAAAAUAUCAUGCGAGUCCAUUUGCUCCGGGCAGGCCAGCUCAAGGGCGUCCUCCAUCAGCAGCCGCGCUCGUCGGUUGCUCAGACUGUCUGAUAGCGAACCGCGAGUGACGGAAAUCCUUGAGUCGGACGUCUAUCCAACACAGGAGCCUCGUCCCGGGUUUGUAUGGUUUGAGGAAGCACCACAUGAGUGGCGGCAAAUAAAAGAGCACAAGUUGCGGGCCGCAAGGUCUCGUAGACAUCGAUCUUCGGAGAUGUCUUCUGCCUCCGAUUCUACCGUGAGACGUGGAAGUACCGCUGAAGAUUCUUCAUCAGAAACUGACCAGUCAUCAAGAGGUCGGUUGCGUGCAAAGGAUGGCCGACCCGGUCCAUCUACUUUGUCGAAGAGGAGUUUUUACCAAAGAACAAAACGGAAAAUCCGCCAGCAGGUAGAACGCCUUCCGCCUUCCGAUGGAGAGACUGAUUUGGAUUAUGUCCAAGGAUAUCCUAUGAGCUCUGUGAAUAUGAAUACAUCGACAACGAGGUACAUUUUGGAAAAAGCUGCUAGCUUGCUGGGGGAGGAGCAAGGCCGAAGGCAGUCAGAAAGUUCAGGUGCGCCGUCUCCAUCGGGAAGCUCCAGAGAUUCUGCCUCAUAUCGUCGUCAUAUCCAUUCCGAUCAACGGUCACCGGCAUUAUCCCACACGAGCUCCAUUCUCAAGGUCAUCAUGGGCCACCCGCCUUCGAAUACGCCCAAUCCAGAAGCCCUCUAUGGUGGAAAGAAUUCGACAGACUAUUUCAAAGUGGAGAUCUCGGACCCGGAUGGGCCAACAUUCCUACCUUCGGAAGCUCGCAGGGUAAACACACCACCUCUUAGAGAGACUCGGCCGCGAAGUGGGGCGAAACGGCCUCGGGGGUUCUUCUUUGACUACAGCAAUCCUGGAGGGCAAUUGUUGGGUUCAGGCGAAGACCAGGAAGGUGUACCUGCCCCAUUUGUUGGAAAAAAUCUGCCGGACUCCGGACCUCCAGCGUCUCCCGACUGGUAUCGGACAUGUAUUGAAAUUGAAGACAGCAUCGAGGAGGAAAAGCAAUUUGACCUAAAUGUUCCGGAGCAUCUUCCGGGUAGUCCCCUGUGUCCAUUGAGUCCCCUUCACAAGUCUGGUGGUAAGGGAAUUUGUGUGUACCACGGGCGAAGGAAAACUAAUUCGUUUGAAUAGCCUAGGUUGCUUCGAUAUGAAAUUCUGAGGUCCUUUUUUUUUUUAAAUCAAGUAGGGCUUAUGU